CCGUGCGCGGCUCCCCGGGGGUGCCGGCCCAUGGCGGGGCUCUGAGCCCCCCCAGAAGAGCCGGGGCCGAGCUGGGCCAGCCCCCUAUCCCCCCAAAACCAUGCGCUGGGGGGGCCUGAUCCUGCUCUGCCUCCUGCGCGGGGCGCUGGGCUCGCCGGGCCCGCGGGAUGCAGGACGUCCUCCCAGGAGCCCAGUGUCGGGUGAUGGGCGGCGGAGACCCCGGGAAACCUCGCCGGGAACCGAGGGGACCCACAUCAGCCAGGACCUGGGGGGGGGCAGCCUGGCCAUCGACACGCUGCCCCCCAACGAGACGCGGAUCGUGGAGGACAACCACAGCUACUACGUGUCGCGGAUCUACGGGCCGGGGGACACUCGCCAGAGGGGGCUGUGGCUGGACAUGGCAGCGGCCAACAGGAGCCAAGUGAAGAUCCACGGGAUCCUCUCCAACACCCACCGGCAGGCCUCGAGAAUCGUCCUCUCUUUUGACUUCCCCUUCUACGGGCACCUCCUGCGGCAGGUCACGAUAGCGACGGGCGGUUUUCUCUUCAUGGGGGAUGUCAUCCACCGCAUGCUGACGGCCACGCAGUACGUGGCGCCCCUCAUGGCCAACUUCAACCCCAGCUACUCCCGCGACUCCACCGUCCAGUACUUGGACAACGGGACAGUUUUUGUGGUGCAGUGGGACAAGGUCUAUCUUCAGGGGAAGGAGGACAUGGGCAGCUUCACCUUCCAGGCAGCCCUGCACAGCACCGGGAGAAUCGUCUUCGGGUACAAGGAGAUCCCAGUGCCAGUCCUGCAGAUCAGUGCCACCCAGCACCCUGUCAAGGCUGGGCUUUCUGAUGCCUUCAUGGUCCUCAACCCAGCUCCCGACGUGCCUGAGUCCCGCCGUCGGACCAUCUACGAAUACCAUCGCGUGGAGCUGGACACCAGCAAGAUCACCAACAUGUCAGCAGUGGAGUUCUCCCCCCUGCCCACUUGUCUCCAGCACCAGAGCUGUGAAAUGUGUGUGACCUCAGAGCUGACCUUCAACUGCAGCUGGUGUCACGUCCUGCAGAGAUGUUCCAGUGGUUUUGACCGGUACCGUGAGGAGUGGUUGUCCUAUGGCUGUGGCCAGAAGUCAGAUGAGAAGACGUGCGAGGAUUUAGCAGAAGGUGACCACUAUUCAGCACCUCCUGACAGCUCCUUCUCUCCACUGGAUGAAGGUGUCACCCCCUCCACGUCCUCGCUCUUCAUUGACAGCCUCACUACAGAAGAUGACACGAAGCUCACUCAGUCUGCAGGGAGCGAAGGGGUCCCCAGCAGCCUCCCCUCCAAGAAGGCCAGCACCCCGAUUCACACCGGGACCAUCGUGGGGAUCGUUCUGGCCGUGCUGCUCCUCGCAGUGAUUAUCCUCGCUGGAAUUUACAUCAACAGCCACCCCACCUCCCACGCUGCCCUCUUCUUCAUUGAGAGAAGGCCCCAUCACUGGCCUGCCAUGAAAUUCCGGAACCACACCAACCACACAAGCUACUCGGAGGUGGAGCCAGGCAGCCAGGAGAAGGAGGGCUUUGUGGAGGCAGAACAGUGCUGAGCACUUCCCCUGCCCCUCCACCCUCCCCUGUCUUCAAGUGUUGGUGGAGUCUUCUGUUAUUCUAUUGCAAAGUCUUUCCCCUCCUGGAAAAGAAAGAGCAAGUAGAAGGAAAAAACCAAAAAGACCCGAUGGAGGGUUGGAAAAGAAUGGGAAGUGGUGAAUUUGGGGCUGGAGCUGCCUGGGUUCCUCAUGGGAACAGCAGUAGUUGGGACAUUGGACUCUGCCUGCAGCCCAGCACCAAAGCCCUGGAUGUGGCAGCAGAACAAAGUGCAGGCCCAGCUGUGGUUUGAAGUGGGGUUUUUGUUGUUCUGUGCUUGGGUUUUUACCCCCCCUGGUCACUGCCCACCUCCCCCCCCAGCAGGAGCCUCCACAGGGGCAGCAAAGGGGGAACCUGAGUGUGGGCAAACCAGAGGUUGCCUCAGGUCCCUAGGGCAGCAGGAUGGAUUCUGUGGUUCUGUGCUUUUUGCUGCACAUUCCAGCUCUGCCCUCAGGGAAGUCAGGCUGGUUGGCCCGGACCCAGAGCUGGGUGGUUGGGGCAGGUGCUGGUGGUGGCCCAGGGGAGGGAAGGUUGGCUCUCCAGGGCUCUCCUCCCCUGUCCUCUCUCCCCCAGCUCUGUCCCUUUGUCUGCCCUUCCCUUCACCUUCUUUGGGAACAGGUAACACUUAAUUUUGUCUUCCUGGCUGAGAAGCCUUGAGCCCUUGUCCUUUCAUCCUGCAGCUGGUUCCACCACCACAGCUUCAGCUCCCUGCUCUCCUCUCCUUUCCAAGCAACAGCUUCCAGCCCUGCUCCAGAGAAAGGGGCACCUGAGCUAUUUGAAGGGCAAAAACCCUGUGGAGACUUCACCUUCAGGAUGUGGGUGAGCCAAGGGCUCCCAUGCACUUUUUGGCAUCUAAUUAGUUUGCUAAAUUACUAAUUAUGAUCCUUUCUUUAAAGGAGACAGAGGGUGAGAACAUUUUUAUCUUAGAUUCCUCCAACAUACAUCCUCAGGGCCUGGCCACUAAUCCAGCAGGAACAGAGAAGGUUUGGAUGGCAGGGGCUGGGGGCACCAGUGAGAGCAGUGUCCUCCCACAGGCUAAAUCCUGACACAAACCCAAGCUGAUUCCUGGGCCUUUCCCAGCCUAAGGUGUGAAGGCAGAUGUGCCUUGGCACCCUGGACAAAUGUGAAAAUCCUUGUUAACAUCAUUGUUUUUAGAGCAGACUCAAAUCAGUGGAAUUUUUUGUCUGUUAUUUUAUUACUAUGUCUGUGGUGGCCCCUGCUCUGGCUUUGGAUGGAAUGUGGUGAUUCCAGAGUCUAACCCUCACAAAGGGCUUUGACAUGAGACCUCUCAGGGUUUUGGUUUUUUUUUUAACUCCUCCUGUGCAAUCAGAAUUCAAGCUAAUCUGCAGAAAUAUUCCACCCUACUUCCCCAGACACCAGCUGCAGGAUUGGGCCCUAAACUGAGGAAAGCUUGUCUGAAAAAAAGACAGAAUCCAAAAUCCAGCACAGGGUGAAGUUUUCUUUACCCCACAAAAAAAAAAAAAAAAAAAAAAAAGGUGGGUUUUAUGGGGCUUUCUUCCCCUUUUUUAAUUUUCUCUGGCUCCUCAGUUAUUUAUUCUGAUAAUCAUCUUUGGUGCAUAUUUUACCCACUGGCUGGUUCAGCUGUCACUGGGGGUGAUUACUGCCAGAGGCAGGGUCUGUCUAAUUAAUGUUUUCCUUCUCAUCUGCUGAAUUUAUAUAGCCAUUAAAGAUACAGAUGGAUGCUUUGUGGCAUUUAGACCCCAGAUUAUACUUCUUCAUACACUGCCUGCAUCUUAUGAUGGCAUAAAGGCACCAAGAUGCUCCAGCAGGGUCAGGCAGACUGAGUCAUGCCAAGUUGUUAUGGUCCAGUCUCUCUUUAGACACAUUUUACAGAUAAACUUUAUUCCCAAAUAAAGCUUUCAACUGGAAAAGGU